AUUCAAUACAACCCUUCCAGCUCGAGUAGAAGCUGCAUCGGUGCUUCUCUCCUGAAGUCCACGAACGAUCAUGGCUGACAGUCUGACGCUCAAAAUGCGAGGCCUGGCGGUCUCGUCGUCGUCUUCGCAACACGUCUCGAGCGGGGGUGGGCAUCAUGGACUGCAUACGAGCUCGAAACUGGACAGAGCUACCUCGACAACGACAACAACGACGUCUUCGGCUUCAUUACCCCGGAUCACUCCUGUCGUUACGAAAUACCGCAAUCCAGACUUGGGAGGUCGACACGAUCCGGCUACGAUGGCCGGCUCUUCGGGGCAUCAUAAUAAUAACCAGGACGCACCUCGAGCAGCUCUGAUGAGACUAGCAGGAGGUGCACCCAACUUUGAUCGGACAGCAGCAUCAGCAUCAGCAUCGGCAUCAUCAGCAGGUCCUUCCAAUUCCAAUUUGACCAAGAUGGGUUCUCCUAAACGUCUCAUCGGCCAACAUCCCGCUCACGGGAUCCACGGUCCGGCUCAUGGGACGGCAGCUCGGACGUUGGCUAGCAAGAUCGUCCCCGCCGAGUCGAAAAAGGCCCCGAUCCCGAUCCCGAUCAAUCCCAUACAGACGGGCGUAGUGAGGGAUCUCGUGGUGGAAAAAAGAACCUUGGAUGUCGCUCUCGAAGGAGGUCGGAUAUCGAGCGUCAAGGAUGUGGCUAGGAAGAGUGACUCGGAACUAGAGAUGCCGUUCAAGGCACCUCGUUCGCUACUAGACUUCGAGAUCGGCAAACCCCUCGGACGUGGGAAAUUCGGUCGAGUCUACCUGGCGAGGACAAAGACCUCGCCGCGGUACAUCGUCGCCCUGAAAUGCUUGAUCAAGGCGGAGAUCUUGAAGGACAAGGUGGAGAAACAGGUCAGGCGGGAGAUUGAGAUUCAACAAAACCUCAGGCACCCACACGUCCUCCGGCUGUUUACCUAUUUCCAUGAUAGCAAGCGUAUCAUCCUAGCUCUCGAGUUUGCCAACAAGGGGGAACUGUUCAAGCACCUUCAACGAGAGGGCAAGUUUGACGACAAGCGGAGCAGUCGAUACAUCGCGCAAAUGGCGGAUGCGCUGAGUUAUCUGCACGCCAAGCACGUCAUUCAUCGGGAUAUCAAGCCCGAGAACUUGUUGCUCGAUGCCAAGGGCAACCUCAAGAUCGCAGAUUUCGGCUGGAGCGUGCAUGCACCUUCAAACCGCCGACACACCUACUGUGGAACCCUCGAUUACCUGCCCCCAGAGAUCAUCCUAGGCAAAGGUUACGGACACGAAGUCGAUCUGUGGGCACUGGGCGUCCUGACGUACGAAUUUCUCUGCGGAUCUCCUCCUUUCGAGGAGGACUCGCAGACCGGGACUCAACGUCGCAUCUGCUCGGCCGACUACAAGAUGCCCGACUUCUUCUCACCUUUGGCUGCCAACAUUAUCAAGCGGUUGCUAGUCCUGAACCCGCCCGACCGAAUGACGCUUAAAGAAGUCCUUUCCAGUCAAUGGAUCACACAGUACGCGAGCAAGGGUCGUACCAGCGGUGCUUCAAGCACAUGAAACCGCAUCUAUCAACAGAGCUAUCGACAGACCCAUUUUGGCCGUCUGUGCCACAUUAUAAUGAUUUUUCACGAAACGGACACGUUACGCAUUUGUAUACAUUUCUUUGCAUGGACCCAGACAUGAUAUGGCAGUACUAUUUUCUCACUUGAGCAAAACGCAAAAGU